GGGAGGAGACUGAGCAACUAUGAUAGGUAACCAAGACAACUGGUGGCAGCAGUGGACCGAUACCAAUAUUAAACCUUUGACUGUCCUGAGGGCCCCUGAUGAGCCCUACGCCCGGCCAGAGGAGCAAGUCCUCAUCAAUCGCCAGGACAUCAUGAGCACCAAGGAUGCCUGGGACAUCCAGGAGUUCAUCACUCGCAUGUAUAUCCAGCAGCUGCUUCGACACCCCGCCUUCCAGCUGCUGCUGGCCUUCCUGCUGGUGGUCAACGCCAUCACCAUUGCUCUGCGCACCAACUCCUUCCUUGGCCAGAAACACUAUGAGUUGUUCUCUACCAUAGAUGACAUUGUGCUGACCAUCCUCAUCUGUGAGGUUCUCCUUGGCUGGUUAAAUGGCUUCUGGAUUUUCUGGAAGGACGGCUGGAACAUCCUCAACUUCCUUAUCAUCUUUAUCUUGCUCCUGGGGUUGUUCAUUAGUGAACUCAAUGUCAACGCUAUCACCUAUACCCUCAGGGCACUUCGUCUGGUGCAUGUGUGCAUGGCGGUGGAGCCUCUGGCCCGGAUCAUCCGUGUCAUCCUGCAGUCGGUGCCUGACAUGGCCAACAUCAUGACCCUCAUCCUUUUCUUCAUGCUGGUGUUUUCCGUGUUUGGGGUCACUCUCUUUGGUGCGUUUCUGCCCAUGCAUUUCCAGAACAUGCAGGUUGCACUGUAUACCCUCUUCAUCUGCAUCACCCAAGAUGGCUGGGUGGAUAUCUACAAUAACUUCCAGAUGGAGACAAGAGAGUAUGCAAUGGAGAUUGGGGGUGCCAUCUACUUUGCCACCUUCAUCACCAUCGGUGCCUUUAUUGGCAUCAACCUGUUUGUUGUUGUGGUCACCACCAAUCUGGAGCAAAUGAUGAAGGCAGGAGAGCAGGGGCAACUGCAUCAGAUAAACUUCAGUGAGGGAGGCAAGCAGGAGCUGGAUGGAAGUAAUGAGCUGCCGGUGGUGCACUGUGUGGUUGCCCGUCUGGAAACGUCUGGCGUCCCACAGGAGCCACUGUCGGCGGGCCACCUGUCUAACCUCUCAGAAAACACCUAUGACAACUUUUGCUUGGUGCUCGAGGCAAUACAGGAGAACUUGAUGCAGUACAAGGAGAUCCGAGAUGAGCUCAACACGAUAGUGGAGGAGGUCCGCUCCAUCCGCUUCAACCAGGAGCAGGAGGAGGAGCUGUUGCACAAGCACUUGUCACUGAACCUGUCGGUGGUGAGCGGCUCCUCCCUGGACAUCCGUGACAUGACCUGCCAGCAAGACUUGAUCACAGCACUCAUCAACAGGGAGAAGGUUCAGGAAUCCAACACAAACAUACUCCUUAACAAACACAAGAGCAGCCGCUGAGAGGCAGAAUGGGAGCCAAGGGGCCUGAACACAUACAGCCAGCGGCAUUUUCCUGCAUCUCUAUGUGACUUGGCACAGUCUGUCCUGAGCCCACCUUCUGCCUUACAGCUAGGCAAAUCCCUGGGGCUGUGAAGGGGGUGGCUUCUCCAGGGCUUGUGUCUGUGAGCCCCAGGUCCGGAGGAAUUCAGAUGGAGAAGGAUGCUGGAUGAGAGAAGGAGCCCCACAGCAAAGAAUGAGCACGGAAAGGGAGCGAUGGCCAAGGCAGCCAAGAUUAGUCCUACGGAUGGACAUCCCUGGUCCCCUGCUUUAGGCCAGAGCUAGCUGGGGCCCAAGAUGACCUAAACACCUAGAGGAGAAAGGUGAAGCCAGUGGGGCCAGGCAUCUAUGUAUUGACAAUAAAGUUUUGU